GUGGGCGCAGUAAAUGCAGAGCUGGCGCUGCAGGAUACGGGAGAUCAGGAAAGCUGUGCAAAUGGCCAGUCAUGCUGGACCUUCUUCAGUCUUGUGGAUCUGCGCGGGGAGUCCUUUGGUGAAUUUGAUGCCAAAAGCUUUACUCCUGGUCAACGGCUGAAGCAGCAGAUGCCUGAUGCCGGGCUCCAUUUCGCAGACGGGCGAAAUGAUAGGCCUCUUGAGAGCAACCGCCUCACCUUCUCCGUGUUGCUGGCUCAUACCAGCAGUGUGUUGAUUCUGAGUGGCCCUGAUGGCUUUCAGCUCAAGAAGGACUGCCUGGCAAACGCUACUGACGUAGUCAGCAUCGCAGGUGCUUCUCUUGCCAGCUGUGAGGCCACUGGGCCUAAAGCGCGCUUGGAGCUCCUGGCACCUUUGCAGGCGGGCGUUCGCUAUGCCUUCGCCGUCGAGGUGGAGGCCAAUCCCACAACAACACCGGCACUGAAUUCGUGGUUCCUAGAGACGGACUCAGAAGCUUCAUUGGCAAUUGCGAGCUUCAAUGUGCAGACGUUCCAUGGAAUGGCAGUCACACCAUUGACUCCAGCUGCCGGCUCUGUUUGGCCAGAUGGAGCUCCAAAUCAGGUGAACAUUUCCUUCCGCCCGCAGACAAGUCAAACUCGUGGUGAAGGUUGGCCGUCCCUGGUCAUCACAGCUCCGGCGAACUUUGCAUUUUACCACGGCAAUGCUUCUUGCCCUCAGCUUUACCAGGCAGGCCUGGCCCAGGAUGCUUGUUCGGGAGGAGCAUGCCGCUGCUCCCUGCAGGAAGACAAUAUGCUGGCCGUGGAUUUCACAGGGGCUGGCCUCUCCAGCAACAUGACAUACAUCCUGCGGCUUUUGACUGUAGGCCAAGCAAGUGUUCCCGGCGGAAGCUGGCGAUUAAUGUCCUUCCAGGACAGGUUGGGCCAAGCCAAGUUGGACGUUGGGGAGGUAGAGGGCUUCCAGCUGUGCAGCGCGCUCCUGGACUUGGCCGUGGGCGUGCAAUCAGACAAGCAUGAGCUGGAGCUUGUCGCGCCUAGCGAGGAAGGCCUCGCUCUUCUGCCCGAGUUGGUUGUCACCUUCACGCUCCCUCAUCCAGUGCUCGGCGGCGACUUGCUGCGACUUUUUUUGCCGUCCUCCCACAGGCUAGAUGGCGGCGAAGCCAUGUGCGGGCUGCAAUGGUGGCAAGGUGCAUGGUCCGUGCUUCCAGGGCUUGUGGUGCCCGCGUGCACCCCAGCAAGAGUGCAGCUGAACUUCACCAAAAGCUCAGAGGCGCACAUUUCAGCUGGCCGGCAACUGGCCCUGCGAUUCAGCACAAGGAACCCACGGAGGAGCUUCACUGAUUCAUUCUGGCGCGUGGAGCACUUGCGGCAUGCGGAACUGCUGGCUGGGGGUGCUCUUCAAAGUUGGAAGGUCAUUCCUGCUUUGUCACAAGUAAGCGUUGAGCUUGCGUCUUUUGCUGUUGGGCAGCGCACCAGCAUCAUCGAUGUCUCGUUCACUGCAGCUGGAGAUGCUGAUCAACUGGAGAUGCGAGGGCCUGUGGGCUUCGACUUCAGCAAUGCAGCCAGCGACCGUGGAGAAGCCGCCAGCAUAUCAGAGCCCCGCUCUGUGAGGGUCAAGAUUCCGAUGAAGGAGGGUGAGCCGCUGAAGCUCCGCCUGCAUCACGUGCAGUUGCCUGAGGAGGGUGGGGUGUGCUACUUCGACCUCAAUGCACUUGAUAGUGAUGGGCAUAUUGUGGCUCGCGCGCUCAACUUCACAAAUGGGGUGGCGGUGCCAGGCCGCAUUCUCAUAUCCCAUAUUGAUCUCCAGAGCGUGUACCAGUCCAGACCACUUCAGUACCCUUUGCAGUCUCAAUGGCCAGCGCAAUUUAGCAGGCGGAUUGUGAUUCAAAUGGAUGCCAGAAUUCCUUCAGCAAAUGCCGGAGAAGCGCUGCAGAUUUCAGGCAAGCCGUUCCAAAUGCAGCAGGGCGGCUUUCGAGUGCUGAAGCUAGGAGCUGUGGUACCCAUGUCUGCCCCAAGCACGAGCGGCGGGAUGCUGACAGCAACGAUUGUUGAAGGGCUUCUUCCCGGCGUGCACCAGAUCUUCGGCAUGGCCCUUGCUCCGGCAGCACUGGCAACCAGUGAACGGCCUAUUUGGUGGAACAUCGAGGUGAUGGCUGCAAGUCCACUUCCAAGAAGCAUGGGCGCUGCGCAGGCAGACAUCUUGUUGGUGCCGCCUUUGCAGGUGGAGGUGCGCGCAGAAAGGACCCCGCCUUUGUCCUUGAUCGAGGUCGACUUCUUGGCUUCAGCGUCAUCCACGGGCCCUCGCCUGCUGGUGGCACCGCCUGGAUUCAGCUUUACCUCAGGCUGCGCAACAGCCUUUUCACUCGGCUGCCGAGCGACCCAAGUGGAGGCGGGGCUUGCUACAUUCAAGCUCAAGGUGCACACGCCCGCGCAGACACCCUCGCAGCGCUCUUGGCUGCUGGCAAGCCUGAACAGUAGAGGCGAAGUCAUUGCCUGGGGGGAGGACUUGUUUGGGCUGGAAGUUGUCCAGAUGCGCAGUGUUGCAGUCAUUUACCCAGCGGUCCCUGACGUGUCAGCAGAGUUGGUUGCCAGGUUUUUUGUGAGCGAUCCAGUUCUGGAUGGUGGUAGCAUUCAGCUUUUGAAGCCGCCUGAGCUCGCGCUGAACUGCUCAGGAGUGCAGCUGCUGCCGAUUCAAGGAUGCACGUCGGAGCAAGAGUCCAUCACUGUGCAACUUUCCUCGCAGCUGAACGUUGGUUCUCAUGCCCUUGCGAUGGGGCUGACAAUGCCGUCCGGCAGCCCAAAAAAGAACAGCUUCGCCUUGAUGGUGCGCAGCCCGAGCGGCCAAGUGCAGGAAGCUGCUGCUCUGAUCCCAGGCCGCCAGUUGCAGAAGCUGCCAUUGGCCGGGCGGCCGCUGCGGUGGACGGCAGCGGUUCCGGGGCAGGGAAGCAGCGUGGUGCUGGGCUUCCAGAUUCAGGAGAAGUUGCCAAGAGGCACACUUGGCACUGUGUUGAUCACUUUGGCCUCUGACUUCAAGCAGACGUUGGAAUCCGCCAGUGGCAUCAACAUCCUCAACCAAGCCUUGCCCAUUGCCCGCUCUCGACCAAACGGCUGGGCAGACAUCCGCCGCGUGAGCGAAAUUCUGAUUUACUUGGAUGCUUCCCAGCAGAUCUUGGCUGGCGAGUAUGACUUCCGCUUUCCCGUUACUGUUCCUGAAGAGGUACCGGCAUUCAAUGUGUGGAUGAUCACACUGUGCCGGCCUAGUCAGUCAGACUCAUGCUCGCUCACUGAAGUGGCGACCGAGUUGUUAACGUUCCCCAUGGCUGGCUUUGGCUUAGCAGCCAAUGGUUCAGAUGUUUGGAGUGCAGCUUGGCGUUCGGCAGCCUGCCUGCUGUGGCUUGCGAUCGGCGGCACCGCCACCUGA